GGGCAGGAGGUGUUGGUCACAUCCCUCCUGAAGCCAGCGCUCCUCUCAGCUCUGGCCAAAUCAGAAAUAGAAGCCGCCUGACUCCCUCCUGUCAUUUCUUCCUUCCCCCGCAGCUUCUUAACCAGCAGCAAUCGAUGCGGCCCCGGCGCGGGCUGCCCUUCCCCUCCCACUCCCCCUUUACCUCCUUGCUGCCCGGCCCGGGGGGUGGAGAAGUGGGGGGGCACUUGGUUUACGCAGCGGCCGGAGAGUCCAUUAAGAAGGCGAGCUCGGCUUCCCGGCUUGAGGAGGCGGGGCUCGAGCUCAGCUCAACCUAAGGAAGAGACUGAAGCAGCCCUAGCCAUAGCUCACAAGGAGGCGCCGAGUAUCCCAUCUCCCCUUAGCAAAGUCGGGGUGCCCUCACCUCGCAGGGAGCACACAAAUAUAAACGGGGAGAACAGGGUUCUGUGUUUGCCUGGAACCAGCCAAAGGCGAGGAGACUGCACGCCGCUCUUGGGAAGUUCCCAAUGUCAAGGGCGAGGCAGUGAGGCGGGUGCUCCGGUUUGGACAGCGGCACAGGCGGCAAGACGCUCCGGGCCCACCAUGGUCAGCGAAUCUCCCAGCGGCCGCUGGAGGCCAGGGCUCCCGGGGGAAGCGCUCAACGUGAAUGUGGGCGGGGUACGGCGCCGCCUGAGCCCCCGGGCGCUGGCUCAGUUUCCCGACACCCGGCUCGGCCGUCUGCAGGCCGCGGCAUCGGAGGAGCAGGCUCGUCAGCUCUGCGACGACUACGACCCUAACAAGCGCGAGUUCUACUUUGACCGGCACCCGGGCUUCUUCCUGUGUCUGCUCCACUUCUACCGCACCGGCCGGCUGCACGUGCUGGAGGAGCUGUGUGUCUUCGCCUUUGGCCAGGAGGCCGAGUACUGGGGGCUGGGCGACUGCUUUCUGGCCGCCUGCUGCAGUGGUCGCUACCACGAGCGGCGGCUCGAGCGCCACAGGCGUAGCUGGGACGAGGAGAGCGACGUGAGCAGCGUGGACACGUCGCCCGAUGAAAUUUCCGACUUCAACCAGGACCUGCAGCGUUACCGCGCGGUGCGCUGCGGCCAGCUGCGGAAGCGUCUCUGGUUGACCAUGGAGAACCCGGGCUACUCGCUGCCCAGCAAGCUCUUCAGCUGUGUCUCCAUCGGCGUGGUGCUCGUCUCCAUCGCGGCCAUGUGCAUCCAUAGCAUGCCCGACCACCAGGAUCAAGAUGAGGACGUGACCGAGCCCCCUACGGUCUUGCAGUGCCUCGAAUACUUCUGCAUUGCCUGGUUUAGCUUCGAGGUGGCCUCCCGCCUGUUGCUGGCCCCCAGUCUGCCCCGAUUCUUCCGGCAUCCGCUCAACCUCAUCGACAUCGUUUCCGUUCUUCCCUUCUACCUCACGCUGCUUGUGAGUACCAUGCUGGGCCGAUCCUCAAACCUGGGCAGCCUGGGCAAGGUGGUGCAGGUCUUCCGGCUCAUGAGAAUCUUUCGGGUACUCAAACUGGCCCGCCACUCCACCGGGCUGCGCUCCCUGGGGGCCACGCUCAAGCAUAGUUACCGGGAGGUGGGCAUCCUGCUGCUGUACCUGGCUGUGGGAGUGUCCGUGUUCUCUGGCGUGGCCUAUACAGCGGAGAGGGAGGAAGGCGACGGCUUUGACACGAUCCCAGCCUGCUGGUGGUGGGGCACUGUGAGCAUGACGACUGUGGGCUACGGGGACGUGGUGCCUGUGACUGUGGCAGGCAAGCUAGCUGCCUCGGGCUGCAUCCUGGGUGGCAUCCUCGUGGUGGCCCUGCCUAUCACCAUCAUCUUCAACAAAUUCUCCCACUUCUACCGACGCCAGAAGGCCCUGGAGGCAGCUGUGCGGAACAGUGACCAGCGGGAGCCCAGCCUUUCCGUGGACGCCUCCAGCACCGAAGAUGGGGCAUCUCAGGCUUCAAAUGAGACAUCUCGGGAGGAGAACUUCCCAGAGCCCAAGUCCCAAGCCCCAGAAGUGUCCCCUACGUCAUAGAUGAUAGAUCCCAAGAUUUAGAAUUAGAAGGCAUCUUGGAGACCAUUUAGUCUACCUUCUUUGUUUACAGAUGCAGAGACUGAGGCCCAGGGGAGGUUACUUGAUUUAGCCUGGCAGAUAGCAGAGCCACGAUUUGAAUCCCGGGUCUUCUGAUUAGUUUCAUUGUUCUUUCCAUUUUUCCCAGCUGCCUUCUCAAGUCUACUGAAAUCAGGGCCCCAGGCACAUAGAUGGUCUUUUCUACCCUCCAGCUGCCUACACUCGCCUGGCUAAAAGUGACCAAAACUGAGAGUGUGAAGACAUCCCUUCCUGAGUGGUCCUGAAGACCUGAGAGGAGAAGAGAUCAUAUCCUUUAUCUCCUAAGGAAUAUAUGUGGGUAGAAUGCCAAGCCUAGUCAGAGGAGGGGCCAGGAUCCCAAUUCAAGGGGACCAAGGAUGGAUGAACCCCUACUUUCCUUCUAGAAGUCCAUAGAGACCUCCAACUGCUUUUCAGAGUAGCUGCCAUCACGGUGUCCAUCAAGGAAAGGCAGGUAUAGAGGAGAUGUUUUGUGGGAUGAACCCUAGAAUGGAAAUGCCCACUAGAACUGGGUAAAGGGGAUCAUUUCUGUAUUUGAAAGCAUCAGGUUUCAUGGAACCAUCAUGGGACAAGCCAAGAACAUUAGAUGGUGAAUGGCCUCCUGUUAAGUACAUAUUGAAGGAACUGGUGAUUUUUGACCUGGAGAAGAAGAGGAUUGUGAUACCUGACUUCAGGUGUUUGUAGCACUCUCAUUUGGAAAAGGAGUUAGACUUGUUUUGUUUGGUCCUAGAGGGCUGAACCAGGAACAAUGAACGGCAUUUGUAAAUGUUUGGAGGAAGAACUUUCUAACCCUUAGAAGCAGAAUGACUUGCUAUUGGCAUCUUCCUCUUUGGAGGGCUUCAAGAGUAGGUAGAAGAGCUACUCGGUCAAAUGAUAGUGGGGACUCCUUCUUAGGUUUGGUCUUAGGUAUGGCUUCUGAGGCCCUCCCACCUCCCAAAUCCUGCCCUUCUUUAAGUCUGUGUUGCUGGGCACAUCCAUGGGAAUCCACACACCCGUGGGCACCAUAGAGGCAGGAUUGGAUCUAGGCUUUUUAUUUCUAGCUUGGGUUCCAUUCUGGAUAGAACGGCUUUCCCCUUACUCUCACGUGUCCUCAAGGACUGAACCAACCCUCUUGCCUUUUGGUUUUCGUUUUGUUUCUUUUUUUACCAAUUACAUAUAAUAACAAAUUUCCACAUAAGUUUUCCUAAGUUAUAGCAUCCAAAUGGUCUCCCUCUCUUCUUCCCUCCUCCUGCCUGGAGCUGGCAAGCAAUUCAUUCUGGGUUAUAUAUGUAUUAUCAUGCAAAACAUCCCGCCAGCACCUUGGAUGGAGCUGUGCCAGUCCUUCUAGAUUCAAACUCUGUGUGCCCUACUGGCUUCCUCUUGGCCAAACUUCUCCUUUGUACGCAUCCACCAUUGCCCACUCACAUACUCACUUACGAGGUCCGCCUUGGGCUCCUCAUCAAGACUCCUUUAUUCCCAGGGAGCUCCUGCACGCCCCCUUCUGAGGCAGCACUGGAGGGCCCUGUCCAGUCCAAGUUUCAGAGCUCCAAAUUACAGCAGGAAGCCCCUGCUUGAUGACAUGGAAAGGGCAUUGGAUUUAAAGCAAGAGGGCAUGAGGCACAUCCUGAUUUCAUUAUGUACCACUUGGGUUACCUUGGUAACUCACCUUCCUCUUCUAUGCCUCAGGACAGGAUUGGACUAGACGGUGCCCAUUCAAGUCCAUUCAACCUCUGGCACAUUCUAAGGCCUCUUUCAGCUUUGUGUUCCUUGUGUUUGUGGGCAAAUCAAUGUCCUCCCUCAGCUUUGCUUUCCUUCUUUAAAAUGGGCAUCAUAUCUGCUUGGCCUACCCUACAGAACUUUUGAGAGCAUCAGAUAAGAGGAUAAUAAUCUGCUAAAGCCUCAGCCUCCUGUCCUCUCCUUCCACCUGCCCUUGGUCAAAGUCAAGCUCAUCUCUGGCUUUCUCUUUCCUUCCUACAUGUACAUCUCCAUUCCUGUGGAUAUGCUUGGCCUCAUUUCUUUCUUCCCAUCCACCCAAACCCCAGUCCAGCAUGUCACUACCCAUUACCAUUAGCAUAAGAAAUGGGAUGACUAACAACAGAACCGAAGCCCAUAUCAGCAGAAUGAACCUCAGUUGUUCAAUUGCCAACUGUUCCCAAGGAUCCCCCAUCUAAGUGGUCUUCCAUUUUCUUCAUGAAUUAGCUCAAGUGAGAUUACAUUAUUGUAAGAUAGUUUUAUUUGUUAGAAAGUAAUUCCUUCCAUUACAUUGAAAUCUUCCCCUCCCUCCAAAUUCCCUCCACUAUUCUUUGUUCUCUUCUCUGGGAUAUCUUUUCAUGACAACCCUCCAAGUACUUGGGAGACAGAGACACAUCUCCAUCUUGUAUCUUCAGGCUAAAUAUUUCCAGUUCCUUUCAGCAGUCCUGUAGGCACUGGUGUCCAGUCCUUUCAUAAACUGGUAUCCCUCCUCUGGAUAUGCAUCAUUCUUUUUUUUUUAAACCCUUGCUAUCUGUCUUAAAAUCACUAUUGUGUAUUGGUUCCAAGGCAGAAGAGUGGUAAGGGCUAGGCAAUGGGGGUCAAGUGACUUGCCCAGGGUCAUACAGCUAGGGAGUAUCUGAGGUCAGAUUUGAACCCAGGACCUCCUGUCUCUGGGCCUGGAAUGCACCAGAUUCUUAAUGUCUUGUCUAAAGUACGGCGCCCAGAAUUGGACACAAUUUUCCAUGGGUCUGACCUGGGAAGAGGUCAGUGAGUGAAUUACUAUUAUUUUAUAAAAUAUGAACAUGGUCAUCCUUGAAACUAUGCCCUCUUAUCUACUGUAGAGUUAGGGGCUGCUGGGAAAGCUGUCUGGGCCCUUCUGUUUUAUCUUCCCUAAGCAAUCAGUCCUGCCAUGACUCGCAAACUCACGUGGCUUUAUCGAGCCUUUGGAGGGGUGUUCUCCAAGAAGACUAGUCCUUUCAGCACAGGCUUAGUGGCAUGUUCCAGAGGGUGCAGAGCCAGAGCUGGAGGACCUGUUAACAGGGCUUCUUGACCUUCUCUGCCAUGGACCCAUGUGGCAGUCUGGGGAGACCUACUGAUGCCUUCUUGGAAGAAGGUUUGUAAAUGUAUGGAAUACUUAGGAUUACCAAGGAAACCAGUGGUACCAAAACACAAGCCAUCAAAAUAUUGUAAAAAAUGGUUCCUGGACCUCGGUUAAGAACUCCUGCUUUAAAGGCUCAUUUCUGGAUGGAUCACAAGGGAGGCCCAAGAAGGGCUUUAAUGGGCUUGGGCAGCAAGUCAGUCAAUAAACAUUUUAAAACCUAUUAUGCGCCAGGCAUAGCAAUAAUAAAAACUGGCAUUUAUAUAGUGCUUACUAGGUGCUAUGCACUGUGCUAAGCAUUUUACAAUUAUUGUCUCGUUCGAUCCUUACAACCACCCUGAGAGGCAGGGGCUAUUAUCAUCGCCAUUUUAUAGACGAGGAAACUGGGUCAAACAAGUCACAGUUACUAAGUGUCUCAGGCGGGAUUUGAACUUAGGGCAAGAAUGACUGUCGGCCAGCACGCCAUCCACAGUGCUACCCUGGCUGUGCCUAUAGCUUGGGAGGCUCCUGGAAACCCUUGUUUGAGUCCUGGCCCUGCUGGCAAUUUGUUAUGGCCUUGUUAUAGAAUAUUAAGCGAGUCCCUUCUCUUCUCAGUUUCCCCAUUUGAGAAGGUAGAGGUAACAGAGGUACUUCUACUCACAUUUUUAAAAAUGAAUUUUUAUUAAUGGUUUACCUCCCCCAUAUUUCCCUCGAAGCUCUUAUCCCUUCCCAAAAGCACUAUCCCUCAGAAGCAAGAAUUCAAAACAACAAAACAGUUUGGCGAAGGGCAGCUAGGUGGCACAGUGGAGAGUGCCAUGCCUGGAGCCAGGGGGACUUGGGUUCAAAUCUGCCCUCACACACUUCCUAGUUGGGCAAGUCACUCAACCCUGUUUGCCUAGCUCUUGCCCUUCUGCCUUAGGACAGUUAUUAAAAGAGAAAGUGAGGGUUUUUAAAAACAAAACUGAAACAGUUCAGCAAAAUAACCAAGUCACAGAAAUUGUGCCAGUAUGUGCCACAUGCACUGCUCUCUACCCAGCUUUGCAAAGUAGGAGGUGCCUUCGGAGUAGCCAGGAGGAUGGGUAGAGUGCUAGACCUGCAAGCAGAUAGAGUCACCUUCCUGAGUCCAAAUCUAGCCUCGGAUACUUCCUAGCUGUGUGACCCUGGCCAAGCCACCUAACCUCGCUUGCCUUAUUCUCCUCAUCUGUCAAAUGAGCACAAGGAAAUGGCCAACCUCUCUAGUAUCUCUGCCAGGGAAACCCCAAAUGGGAUCAUGGAGAAUCAGACAUGACUGAAAUGACUCCACAACAUAAAAUAUCCCUAUGGGUAGCUAGAGGUGCAGUAGGCAGAGUGCUGUGCCUGGAAGACUCGAGUCCUUCCUGAAUUCUAAUCUGGACUCAGAUUCUGACCCUGGUCAAGUCACUUAACCUUGGCUCCCUCAGUUUCCUCAUCUGUAAAAUGAGCUGGAGAAGAAAAUGGAGAGACCCUCUGGUAUUCCUCAUCAAGAAAACCCCAAAAAGGGUCACAAAGUGUUGGAUGUGACUGGAAAAAAAUGACCAAGGGAGAUUCUUCUCAAAUCUUCCUUCAAAGGAUUUUCUACUCCUCUGGUUGCAGUUUACAAGACUUUCUUCAUAACAGCACUAGCCUAGGUAAGACAAAUAUGAUUCCCAUUUUACAGCGAAGGAAACUGAGGCUUAGCAGGAAGAAGUGAUUUGCCCAUGUUCACCUGGAUGGUGUUGGAGCCUAGAUCAAAAAUCAGAUCUCUAAAUUGUUCAGAGCUCUUCCAAUGUGCACCUUCCUCUCAGUUGUGAGCAUUAAAUGGAAUCGUUGAUGUGAAUGCAGUCAUUCUCAACAGUAUUUUUAUUAUUAAUAGAUGAUGGAUGGAUGGAUGGAUCUGAGGUGAGUGUUCUUUGGACCCUGUGCUCACAAGGCUCCCAGGACCAAGCCUGGGUGCCAGGUCAAGCAGAGACCCAAGAGCCUGAAGGGUGGGCUCCUGACAGUAUUCAGAGGAGCUAGUUUGCUCUGGGGCACAGGCAUUCUCUUAACAAAACCUAAAGAUGGGAAAUUCUAGUCUGAAUUGCUGAAAGGAAGAGAUCCCUGUCUUCCCCCAGAUCACACAGCGGUGCAGCCUUCCAGGCCUGGCAGUGAAAGCAAACCCUUUCUGUGAAAACUUGAAUCAAUUAAAAGCAUUAUACAAAUGAAGAUUCCGAGCCCAGGGAGUCUUUUGUCUCUACGGCUGGGUCCCACAGCCCAGCUCAUGGGAAAGGGGGUUGGAGUGGGUUGAGAGCUGAGCUCCAAUCUUCCCCUUUGCUCAUGGAUCCCUAGUCUUCCCUUCUUUGCCUGUCAAAUUUCUACUUCUCUUUAAGGCUGUGAAAGAGGAAUUGGGAAAGCAUGCAAAAGCCAGAGGGAAAGCAUGCAGCAAGACAAGAAGCAAUGGCUGGAGAUUGAUCAGCUGUCAAUCAAAGGAAGAUUCCAUUUUGGAAUGUGGCUGGGAAACAGUUGAAGGCAAGAGUCAACUGCUGGCAGAUUUCUGGGCUUCUUGGCUGAUGGUGGUGACUUUGAAGGAAGAAGCUGGGUUUAUCUCUGGGACUUGGGGUAAUCAGGCUGGAGGUGGCCUGGCUGAUUUGAAGGCAGGAGGGGAAGGACAAUAGUCCAUAUAUCUCUCUCUGACUUACUCUGUUGGUGAUACUAGACCUAUCAACCAUUUCUCUCAAUAUCCUCCAACCUAAGGCUCACUGUAGAUAAUAGGGGAACCUCCAACCCUUUUACACACCAUUCUCUACCCUUUCUUGUCUUCUCCAAAUAAACCCCUUACUUGAGAUAAAAGAUAAAGACUAUAUCAUUUGAAACAUAGCUCACCCUGAGUGACUUAGAAGGCUGAAGAAGGGGGGAGGGGAAGAAGAGGGAGGCUGAAGAAGAGGGAGAAAGGGAGGUAUAGAGGGAAGAGGGUAGGCAAAAAGAAGAUAGCUGCCUGAUCUAGUAGUUAUCAUUUACCCAUCAAAUAUACCCCCUCCAAUUAUCUAUUACAAGGCCCAACUCAAAUAGCUCCCCUCUAGUCUUCCCAGACCUCACUUUUGACCUUAACUUACCUCUUGUGUACUUAGCACACGAGAUGUACAUAUGUGCAUUCAUUGUAUCUUACCUGCACUUCCCACUGGAAUAUGAGCUCCGUGAGGUCAGUGACCACCAUCAAACAGAGCCUCAUUUGCCUCUUAUAAGUCUGCAAUAAAUGUUCAGUUGAAUGUUUUGGGGUUUUUUUUUUAAUGGAAUUUCACUGUAUGUACAGCUGCUUCCCCAUUGGCUGAUGUUCUGCCUAGGUGUCUUUCUCCACAUCUUGGGGUCUUGGACCACCGCCUCAGUUUGCUUUUAGAGUUCCCUCCUCAGCAGUGUUAUAUCAAAUAAGAUCUUUGCAAAGCACUCAACAUAGUGCCUGGCAUAUAGUAGGUGCUUAAUUAAAAAAAAAAAGAAACCCAUACCUUCAUAAAACCAGUGCUAAUUGAUUAAGUGACUUGCCCAGAGUCCCAUAGCUAGGAAGUGUCUGAGGUCAAAUUUGAACCCAGGAUUUCCCAUCUCUAGGCCUGGCUUUCAAUCCACUGAGUCUAAUCACCCCUUUCAUAAAAGUUUAUUUCCUUCCCUUUCUUUUCCCCUGUGCCUUUUCCUUUCCUUCCCAGAUGCCAGCUUUCUGGGGCCGAGAAUUCCCUUCCCCCAUUGAGCUCCUGCAGCAAGCAGGUUUAUUAAUGAGCCAAGGAACAAUACUUAUUUGCCCAGGAUGGGACCAAAAAGAUUUAGAGUUGGGAGAGAGGCAUGAGAGAGUUGGAUCAUAGGAUUUAGAGCUUGAAGGGCCUUGAGAGACCAUCGAGUCCAAUUGCUUCAUUUUACAGAUGAAAGAACAGUGACCAAGGGAGGUUGUAAUGUGCCCACCAGGUCUAACUAGACACCUCUGCCUCUGUCUUCAUCAUACAUUUCAUCAGGGACAGAAAGUGUUUUUUUCACCAUGCCCAGCUGCACUUACAAUCAUGGAAUUCAGAACUAGAGAACAAGCAUCAGAAUUGUGAAAGAUACCCCACUUUCCUAAAAUAAAUCACUUUCUUGAAUUGCCUAUCUUCUCCAGGAGAGGGAAAGGAAGGGAAGAAGGGAGAGAGGGAGACAAUUUGGAACUUUUAAAUCUGGAAAACAUCUGUUGAAAAUGGUUAUUACUUCUAGUUGGGAAAAUAUUUUUUAAAAUCAUAAUCCUGGUAGUGUUGGUUCAAUGGUUGAGGUCAAAUUGUUACCACCUUAUGCAACUGGAUUGGCUGAUCUCUCCAUUUCUGAGUGCAACAGAUCUGUGGACAUAGCCUAUGAUCACAGAUUUAAAGAUUUAGUUAGAAAGGACUUAGAGGCUAUUGAGUCCAACCCCCCUCAUUUUACGGAUGUAGAAAACGAGGUCCAGAGGCCCAAAAAUUUGGCCUACUCAUACAAUUAGGAAAUAUCUGAGAUGGGAUUUGAACCCCAAUUUUCUGAUUUCAUGCUGUCUCUCUGACACAGGAGAGUGGUGUCAAACUAAGAAAAAAAAUGGAUUGGGGGGAGCAGCAUUAAACCAUCCAAAAAGUUCUCCAAGGCUGUACAUUAAACCACAUAUCAAUAUUAUUAACAUUUCCCAAUUAUAUUUUUUAAAAAACCCUUACCUUCCAUAUUAAAAUCAAUACUGGGUAUUUGUUCCAAGGCAGAAGAAUGGUAAGGGUUAGGCAGUGGGGGUUAAGUGACUUGUCCAGGGUCACCCAGCUAGUAUCUGAGGGCAAUUUGAACUCGGGACCUCUUGCUUCUAGGUCCAGCUCUCAAUCCACUGAGCUACCUUCGUGUCUCCUUUGAGUUAAAUUUUUGUUUUGGGCACCACUCUGAAGUAUAGUGGAUCUCAUGUUAGAUGCUUCCGAAUCAGGGCACCCUUGUCUUUGGCUUGAGGGCUUUCAUCUUUCACUGCUUUCUAAGCUUCCCCCAAACCCUGACACUUAGACCCAGAGUUUUCUGACCUUAGUCCCUGAGCAUGGCAUUUGUACAUAAAUAAAACAAAAUAACCCAAUCUAGUCCUAGACUCUUAAAUCUUUAGCUUCAGGACUGUGAUAUUCUUUGGACCUGGUAGUACCACACUUCUGCAUCUAGUUCCCUUGUGGCAUUCUCUGCCCACUUCUCCAUUGAUCUUGGGUGGGUUUGAGGGCUAUGUCAGACUCAUUGGCUUAUCCAAUCAAGAAAUCUCUCGAUUGUCUAGUGGGUUUGGAUGUGUUGCACUAGUAUUUUGAGGAAUAGAAAUGUCAUGUGUGGGGGUACUUCCUCUGACAGGUCAGAGUCCAACUGUCCAAAGACAAGCCCCCUUUAGGCCUUAGAUGACAGUUUCAAAGGGUUGCUGAGGCUAAAAAUUCACUCCUCAGACAACCUGCCAAUAAACUUAGCAGGUCUUUGACCAAGAGGCUCAUAGUUUACCACACACAAAGCCUCUGAACUUGGGAGGACAUUUCAGAGUUUGUGCUGCCCUGGCACAGCAUGGAGAAGGGAGUAGUCACCCUCAUGUUGCCACAAAGUGGCACAAAUCCCACCUUCUCAGGAUGUCAUUGCUAUUUCUCUGAAACUGUCUCCCACUUUCACGGUCUGGAUCUUUUAGAUGCAUCGUUAUUUGCAUUUCUGCAUUAGACUGUGAGCUCAGUUCAGGGACAGGGUUUUUCAGUUCUUGGAAUGCCUGAUGCUUAGCACAAUGCUUGACAUAUAGUAUUCAGUUAAUAAAGCUUUGCGUACUGACAUGAG